AUAUAGUGAAUGCAGGGUCCGGGGAGACCGGAUAUAGUGAAUGCAGGGUCCGGGGAGACCAGAUAUAGUGAAUGCAGAGUCCGGGGAGACCGGAUAUAGUGAAUGCAGGGUCUGGGGAGACCGUAUAUAGUGAAUGCAGGGUCCGGGGAGAACGGAUAUAGAGUGAAUGCAGGGUCUGUGGAGACCAGAUAUAGUGAAUGCAAGGGUCCGGGGAGACCGGAUAUAGUGAAUGCAGGGUCCGGGGAGACCAGAUAUAGUGAAUGCUGGGUCCGGGGAGACCAGAUAUAGUGAAUGCAGGGUCCAGGGAGACCA